CUCCAAAACGCUUCUGAAAGCCAAGUAAUAAGAAAAAACGAAAAACAACCAAAAAUAAAUAAACAGAGAGAAAGAAGAAACGCAAAGCUGAAGCUCUUCACUGUUAAAAUCUGAGUCAGAGUUCGAUAUACGCAGAGUUUUUCUAUUGUUAUUUCAUGUUAAUGGCAAUUACGUUCACAUUGCCUUACUGUCAAAGAAAUGCUAUGCUUCCAUUAUCUUCAACACAAAUUGUUAGGUCAAGAGUUGACAUUGCGUGCAUUACAUCAAGUUUUCAUCAAACUAAUGUAUUUAGCCAGAAACUCUGCUCUGAGUGCAGUUUCCUUCAUGUAGCCCGACUAUCUUUAGUCAAUUUCAAAAGGAUGACUUGGUCCAUUAGGAGCAAUGUGGAUAGCAGCGGAUUUGAUCCUUCUCCCGCAAAUAGCCCCAAUGGAAGAACACGUUUAAUAAGGGCAUUUCAAGCUAUUCGCACCAAGGUAAGUGCAAAAAUUCAGGAGAUACGGAAAGAUCUUCCAAUGAAAUUCUUCUUUUUCUUGGUGGGGUUUUACUGUGCAACUGCCUUUGCUACUGUUAUUGGGCAAACAGGUGAUUGGGACAUUCUAUCUGCUGCCUUGGCGGUGGUUGUUGUUGAGGGCAUUGGAGCCCUCAUGUACAGGGCUUCUCUUCCUUUAGCGAACAAGAUGAAAAGCCUGAUUACCAUGUUUAACUAUUGGAAGACUGGGCUUUCCUUAGGUCUCUUCUUGGAUUCAUUUAAAUAUGGAAUGGAUGACUUUUUUGGGUCAGUUAACCCCUUUAAUUUUGAAAUAGAUUUGUUCCACAUAAUCUUGUAACACUUGGCUCUUCAAAUACGUAUUUUCUGGCUAAGCAUAGUGAAAUGAUUGGAAAGCAUGAGUCAGGACCUGAGUAAUAUUGCAAACUGAAAGCCAUGGAAAGAAAAUGAGGGUCAUACACAUACAUAUUGCUCAUGAGUUGAGGCAGUAAGGAUAGGCCUGAUGGCAUUGAAUUUAAAUGUGGCAUACAAUGGGGGAAUGGAGAUCUUGCAACUAAUCUAUGAAGAGGGAACUAAACUAAGUUGAGCCUGUGCUUAGGAGUCUGCUCCCUUUUGCCGGCCUUUAUGUUCAUUUCUGUUGCAUUUUUUCUGGGAGUACAAACAUUGCUUGGCAUCGGUGGAAUUCUACAGCUAUAUGUAUCCAUUCUGCUGCAACAUUGAUUAUCACAUUGCUUUGCUUGGCAUGAAACAUCUUUCAUACAAACAUUUGGGUGGGCUGUUGCAGAAAUUGUAAGUUUCUAAAAUUGAUCAAGCUAUAUGUCCGCCCAGCUCAUGAUGUUAAAUCUCAUGAUUGACAAUAUCCAUGAUGUGAUCCGGAAGAACCUGAGAUGAGGCGGUGUAUUUGUUUGUCCUGGUUUUGUUUUUUAGGGCACUGGCCUUUAGUUGCUACAUUACACACACUGACAACUUACAAGAGUUAUUAGUUAGAAAUGCAUAUUUGCUCAGUUUAACCCUCAAAAGAAGAACAGAUGUCACAGGCCUACAAUAAUGUAUACCACAAGAUGUUUGCCGAGGUGGACCCAGUUGAGAUCGAGGCCUUAUCUUAGCAUUGGUGCAUAUAGAAUAUCUGAAGUCAAGAAUCAAGGCUGCCUCCCAGAAAUUUUAGACUUGAAAUCAAGAAUCUUGAAAAUCUGGCUGUUUUCCUCUAACUCCAUUUUGUCCUUGGACAAACAGAUUUGUGACAAGGUUGUUUUUGGUUUAGUCUUAUGCUUGAGCUGUAUUGAAUCUUGGUUUGAUGACAUAGUUUUGAUGUUGAUGAGGAUUACUGUUUA